AUGAUCUCCGCUGACCCAACCAACGACUACAAAGUAUCAAAAAUUGUCUUAUCUCAACAAUCUUAUCACUCUUCAUUUAUUUUCUCCCCAUUAUUUGCAAAUUGUACAGUUAUGGGGCCUAAAAUGUAUUUUUUUUUGCAGUUUCUCUAUUUUUUGUUGAAUUCAGAACGUUAGUAUUAAUUGUAGUAUUAAUUGUGAUUUUCUUUAGCGUAGUAUCUUUUCUCUUCUCUUUUAUUGCACGGUUAUUCUUUGAUGAGAGGACGGCGAGGCCACACUCGGCACUUUUCUUCGGAGAAGAUGCGUGCUGCCGGAAAAAUAUUGACUUAUUUUGCUCGCUCUUUUCGUGGACGCGUUUAUUGUGCGGAAAACUAACAAGAAACUCGCAACAAAUAGCUUUUCGUGCGCGCUUUUUGUGUGUCUUUUUAUUAGUUUUCGUCAUAAUGAACACGUUCCCAAACAAUCGGGUAAAACGAAUCAAAACUCUUCCGACGGCACGAAUUUAAAGUUUUGGCGCCGCGCGCUCCUUGGCCGUUCCAUGACUUCAGAUGCGUGCCGUCGGCAGAAUAAUGAUUCAUUUUACUUGAUUUUUUGGGAACUUGUUCAUUAUUAUGUAAACUUAAAAAAAGCUAUUCUUUGCGAGUUUCUUGUUGUCCACGAAAAGAGCGAGCAAAACACGCAUCUUCUUCGAACAAAAAUGUGCCAAGUGGCCUAGUUUUCGCUUCGUUACCGUGCAAUAAAAGAGAAAAGAAAAAUUGUUUACUAUUUCGCCGCCGUUUCGCCACUCGGCAAAGGCGCGCCACUUUUGCGCAAACUUUAAGAAUUUUCGCAGAUUUUGCGCAAACUUUAAGCGUCCUCGCAGCUUUUGCGCAAACUUUAAGUGUUUUCGCAGGUUUUGCGCAAGCUUUAAGGCAUGACGCAACUGCUGUGAAAACAUUGCAUUUUCAGUACUCUUCGCUUUUUUCAGCUUGUUUUUAUGCGUCUUAUUGCUUAUCAAAUUGAAACAACUUGUCUUUUUCCGUAUUUCCUCGGUUUGAGCCAAUUUCAAGCGAAAUUUCGGUCGGAUUUCGUUUAGAAGCGAGUGUUAUUGAAAAUAUGGAUGAAAUCAUUUGAAUUCGGAGUACUUCACAGUUAUUUUCAGCGUUCGUUUGUCUUCUAUUCAGCGUUCGUUUGUCUUCUGUUUGUUCGUUUUUUUACAUCGCUGAAUUGGGUUCUUUGACGUAAAAAAACGAAAAAAAAACAGAAAACAAACAUUUUUUCACAAACAGAAAACAAACAUUUUCCGCAUUAUUUAAGACGUUCGAACGAUUCACAUGCUCGUACUUUGUACUUAUGCUACACGUUUUUGGAAUGAGCCAAUGUAUCUUCUAUUGCAGAUGAAACGCUCACGUGUCCCGACAACGAAAUAUGCAGAGUCGCAACAGGUGAGAAACGACAGACACUAAAAUCACACCAGUAUAACAUGUUACAGCAAAGCGGAACUUCGAAACAGAGAGGAAAGACGACGAAAGCGAAUGUGGCUCAGCGAAAGAAACGAAAUGCGGAAGAGUGCACAGAAGAAAAGGAAUCAUCGAAACUAGCGGAGACGCCCGUAUCGAACACAACUGAUCAGAUAACUGAAGCUGAACCAGCAGCUGCUCACGGCGACAAAGGACAUUUCGACGAAUUCGAAGAAGAUAUGUCCGAUGUGAACAAACCUGCAAACAGCGCCGCUUCUCUAUCGUCACCUCAAUUCAAGUUGUCUUCACAUUUUGGAAGGAAACAGCCAGAGGAGUGGGGAAUGGCGCGGUUAAAGAGGGAAAUCGAAGCGGGCGAUUUCGUGGCUGUGGGACAGUGCAUCAGAGAGGGCGUCCGUCAAAAUCAGAUAACCGACGUGGAAUUAGAGGUACGAGGACAUAUAAUGAAGUUCUUUUCUGUUUUGGAACAAAUCGAUUUCAGGAAUACGCCAAGUGCAAUGUCCGUCCAACUUAUUCAACCGUCUCGUUCGUCAAGCAACUGGAAAAGUGCAAUACUGAGGACACGAAGAAUUUCAUAGUGGCGCAACACUAUUUGGCAAGUUCCGAGGAAAACUUUUUCUCAUGAAAGUGUUAUUAAUUCUUGUAGAGCUCUAUGAAGUCUGAAAAUGGUAAUGCUGUAAAAACUCUCCAAGCGACAGUCAACUCAAUGUCCCAAUCUAUCGCCAAGCACCAUCAUAUUGCUCGACUCACCAAAAGGCAGCUUGAGGCGGAUCAUCUUAUCGCUCCAUGCCCUCCAUUCACCAAAUGCAAUCUGAACGUGUUGUACGGUCGAAGUGAUCUGCUUGGCGAAAAUGUGACGGUGCAGCUGACUAACUUCAUAACGAAGAUAUGGAAAAAAGUGCAUAACAGCGAUGAAAUUGAUAGGAAACCACACAAUUACAGAUGAGCAAUCCGCAGUACGAGAUCUGGCGCCACACAUUCCGUCCCAGCUGCCGAAGAGAAGAGGAUAGACACUUCGCACCACUGCCCGAACACAUUGUACUGGCCAUUCAAGGUGGGGAGAUGAACAUGCAUUUUAGCAGUAAUAUGUGUCAGAUCUCGGAUUGGACAUGCGUGGAGUCUACCUCCCGCCCUCUCUUCUCGUCGGUCCAGUCGACACAAGCGAUGAGUAAGUCUCCAUUAUUUCAUUAUGUCGAAUCUAUAUUAUACUUUCAGGUUUCUUCACAAAAUGGAUUGCGAAAAUCCAGAAAACGAAGUACAAAGACGACGAUCUCUUCGAGCAUCCGCACUCCAACUCAUUAAUUAUGCGAUCGGACAAUCGUUGUGGGUGCACAAAACUCCCCUCAUUACGCUAAUUUCUCCGAUUUCAGGCGCGUGCUCAGAACUCAUCACUUCGAUGUUCCGUCCCAGAAACUUGUCACGUGCAGGGUAUAAUUCCUCUCAGUCUGUGACCACAAUAAUUUUUCUAGAAUCGAAAAGUCUGCCGCACCCAUUUGCAAUGGAUCGACGUGAAGAUGUACAGAGAGAACGAAUGCGUACCGAACGGAAAAUUCUGCUCGUUCAAUCCGGACAAUUUGAUUCGCUCGUAAGACAAAAGUUUUGUAGUACAUUUAUACAACCUAAUUGCAGGAAGCAGAAAUGUGCAUCGGAGCCUCCGCUCGGACAGCAUUUGGAUUACGAAAGGUAACAUCUCCUUUAUCUCAGUGCGCUAACAAUUGCUCUUUUUCAGUCCCACAGAGGACAGGCAAUUCGAGCCCUCCACGGGACACUUCGGACGUCCGUCAACAUCCGAAGCUAUGCCCAAUUAUGAUGUUGAUGAAGACUACACAAUCACUGAUUUGUAA